AAUAAGUCCAUCCGUGAAAUUUCCUUGCUGCUAAAUAUUCCACGGUCAACUCUUAGUGGUAUUAUAACAAAGUGGAAGCAACUGGGAACAGCUACUCAGCCACAAAGUGGUAGGUCACGUAAAAUGACAAAGUGGGGUCAGUGCAUGCUGAAGCACACAGUGCGCAGAAGUCGCCAGCUGUCUGCAGAGUCAAUAGCUAAAGACCCCAAACUUUGUGCGGCCUUCAGAAUAACAACAGUGUGUAGAGAGCUUCAUGGAAUGGGUUUCCAUGCCUUAUAUCAGCAAUUGCAGUGCAAAGCGUCGGAUGCAGUGGCAUAAAGCAUGCCACCACUGGACUCUAG